AUGCUUCUCUCAUUCGCUAUUACAGCUCUUGCUGUUCUUCCUGAGGUGCAGGGAGCUUCGGCAGCUUCCGAAUUCACCAACCCUCUCGUUGCCCCUCGCCGUAACUUCAAGCGCUGUGGCCAAGUCUCCAAGUACUAUGGUCAACACCUUGAGGAUUGGAACAACUAUAAGACCGGUGACUGGCUUAAUAACUGGUGGAACAACAACACUGAUCUAAUUGAGAAGAACUCUGCCGGUUUCGCGGGCGCCUUUGGACAAUGGGCCCUGGGAAACCCGGAUUGGUCCUGUCGUGACGAUGGAUCUAGCACGGGCUGUGACCUGAACUUGUGUGAUAACCGCGUUCUUAAUGAUCGUGGCCGUGACAUUCGCCCUACCUACUACGUUCUCGAGUCCGUCAACCGUCUCCACAGCUACUUCAGCGGCCUCUCGCAGGCAUUCAACACCGCUGCUCUCAGCGCGGCUCUCGCCAAGGACUCGUGGGCUACUACUUUCUACACGGACAAGGAUGAUAAGAGUUCCGAUAGUCUCAAGAAGGUCCUAAGCCUCGUCACCACCAUUGUCGGAGUUGGCGCUGCUUUCGCCGGUAUGGGUCCUGCAGCCAUUGGAGCCACUGCCGGUGCUGGCUCAGCCAUCAUUUCCGGUUCCAACGGUGCUAUCGGUAUCGCCCUUGGAAACCACGCCGACGACACCUUCCAGAAAUCCGCCGACCUAGGCGGAAUUCUCAGCAAGGUUGUCCUCGAGUCGCUGGAGUCCUUCACAACCGCCAACAACCAACUCAUGGACGGCCAGAGCUACGGAGAUGCCGAUAUCCGCAGCUACAUCUCCGGCGGCGCAUUCCUUGAUUUCCAAGGCGUCGACAAAAAUGCCGUCACAGACUCCAUGUCAAACAUGCUGAUCGGAACCUCCAUCAACCAGCUGUACCGGACGCAGAAGAUAUUCAUCCUAGGCGGUGGUGCCUGUGGUGAUAACCAGGGCAUUGGCUCCGGUCCUCAGGAAUCGGUCAUCUGCCGUGAUGGUAAGGCCUGGUACCUGUAUUACUGGCAAGAGAACAGCGGUAUUUCGCUCAACUCGCACCAGUGGGGAUGGGUCAACCCACCCCCUGGCUCGGACAAGCUCGGACAGGCCGAGUACAAGGGUGUCAGUGUGGAGGAUAUUCUCAACUCGUCUCUCGAUGCAUGGAAUGUCGCUGGAUACGACUACAACGCUGACACUGCAGCCUCGCGUGCGCACGAUGCUAUUUCCAAUGCAUGGGCUAGUCCUGGUUCCAAGGGUGCGUCUUGGGAAGGUAUCUUUACUGUCCCUGUUUGCGAUGUCAGUGGUGCCAUUGGGCAGAACUGGGAUCUUGGAGAGUAUAUUCUUCAGCCUUAUGGUCAUGAGAGUCGCCCUGUUUGGUGUGGUGAUCUCUGCGGUGAUGCGGAUAAGACUAAGGCCUUUAUCGACGCUGCUCAAAUGGAUGGUUUCCAAAGCCCUUGGCACCUUUGCGAGACGAAGCCUAGCUACGCAUAG